AGACCAAACCCUAAAUUUUAGGGAGAUGUCCCAUCCAUCUGUUCUCUGCCGCCGCCACCCCGUGUCUCUUCUUCCACAUCGGGAUCCCCUCACUCAAUCUCCACCAAAUCCCCAUGCCGCACGCCAUGCUCCUUCCCCGAGCCCGGCGCCUCUCCUCAAGUUCACCUGCCGUCGUCCCUGGCGAACAGUUUUGCUAGCAGCCACCAACAGGCCAGCCACGCUCGCGCCUCUCCUUCCUUUCCCUUUCUUCUCUUGUUGUCUUUCCCUCUCAUGCUCUCUCUCUCCCAGGUACGUCCGUGCAGGAGCCGCAAGGAGGAAGCCGCCAUCGCCAUGUUCUUGCCGUGCGCGCCUGGAUCCACCAUCCCCGGCUCCUCCGCGCUCGAUUCCCGCAGUUCCCGAGUCCCGUCGCCCUGCCAAGUACCUCGCCGGAGAACCAUGCGUCCGCACGUUCCCCUGCUCCGAACACCAGAAUGCGGUGUCCCUCCUGCCUCCUCUACCUUGCGCUCGUCUGCGACGCCACCGGCAGGUUCCGGCCCUGCCUCGAGCGCCCCGCGCCGGAAGCUGUCUCCCGCGCCUCUGCAUCGAUCCGUCUGAGCCGCAAGUCGCUGGAUCUCGCCGCCGAGGAUGUGCGCCGCCGCCUCCUUCAGUUCGUCUGCUGCCAUGGAGCUUCGCCACCAGCCAAGAUCCGGUGUCCCGAGGCCGAUCCGUCCACCCCCAGCCGUCCCUGCGCCUCCUCGUCGUUCUGCAUCACCGGAGUUCGCGGCGCCGCUGUUGCCCCUAUUUCCUGCCGCUGCACUACGCUGCAUCGAGCGACUGCUCGAUCCAGCCGCUCCGCGUUGACCGAUCCACUGGCCUGCGCCAGCCCAGCACCACCAACCGGGCCUUGGCGCAGGGUGAGCAGCACCCGCCCCUCUCCUGUGCAUGUUGGGCCAGCCAGAUUCGGCCCGAGUCACGUUUUUUUUUGCGAAACGUUUUUCUAGUUUACCAGUACACUUCAUAUUUACAGAUUGGACCAUAAAUUUCAUGCAUAUAAUAACUCUCGAACCGUGCAUCGGAUUAAAAUAAUUUAAACAUGGAAAAUGCUUAGUUUUUCAUAUAGUUUCAUAAUUUGCCACUUUCAUCCAUGUUUGAAAUGUUUAAAAUGAUGUUUGUUUAAAUUUGCUCAAAUGCCAUAUGCUAAAAUGAUUAAUUUCAUAACUAAAU